AUGAAUACCGACGAUGAACACGUCGAUUCAAGUUCCGGAACCCGUUCCGUCGGUUUGACUUCAAGACCACCCUCUACCCACAGCCAUGCUACUACAUUAAAACAUCCACCACCCUCCUCCUCCACCUCCCGUAACAACAGGUCUGAUAUUCCUGUCUCAUCCAUGACAUCUUCUACCGAUGGUCACCCAUCGUCACCGAAGCCCAAUACCAACAUGACUACCCGACGCCGCAGCAACGCAAGUGUCGACUCCAACGAAUUCUCCUACCAGCCUGGCCCAUCAUCUCACACUCCCAUGAGGCCCUUCGCCGGAGCAGCCACUGGAGAGACACACGUCAAGUUGACUCCUAUAACCAGAAAGAUUAGUAAGGCGAAGAAAGGUGUCCCGGUUCACACAUGCAAUCAAUGUCCCAAGACCUUCUCUCGGGCAGAGCACUUAAGACGUCAUCAACUCAGUCACUCAGCUCCUGAUCUAUUUUGCCCGGUCGAAAACUGUAAUAAGACUUUCCAUCGCAAGGACCUCCUCGACCGUCAUGUCCAAAGACAUGAGCAAGAUGGUCAAGAUGUUAAAGACCUGAAACAUAACCGUCAAGGCAGCCCGAAAACACCUAGCUUGCCCUCUGCAGACUCUGGACCAGAACCAGGACUCAAGAUGCCUGAAGUCUAUAGACACCCUCGAGCAGUAACCGCAAACAGCGGCUCGAAUAUGGUCGGUCCAUGGUCAUCAGUGGCAUCGACAUCUGCUCCUCACCAGGUCUACAAUCCGCCGCCAACCGUGAACAAUUCCUCAGACAACUACCCCAUCGGGCCAAACAACUAUGUACUCCAUACACUACCAACGAACGAAAGUUUUGUAGCAAGCUAUUCGGAACCAAGAAACAUGUCCGACAUGUCUAUCAUAUCAUCCAUUCCUGAGGAAGCACCCCCGGAUCUAGGCUGGCCUGAAAGCUCAAUGUCUUCAUCAGCUCCUACAAGCACAUUCUCGACUCCCCCGGAUAACACAAGGCGCUCACAGUUCUCCGUGCCAACAACGAACGGGUCUUGGAUGACCGCGACUCCAGCUUACCCAAAUACUGCAAAUGACAUCACUGCCAGUCUGGAUAGCAACACAUACCCUGGCUCGUAUUCAUAUACCGACACUCCACCACAAGCGUACCCUUCUGUCUUUGGCGAUAUGGAUCUUGCAUUACCUGGAUACUCCGAAGGCCCUUCUUUCAGCACCACCAAUCAGAUACCUAUUCCCACAGUUCGUAGCAUGUCCCCCUCAUUAGCUGUCGCUCAAUCUGAGACUUUAGUAGCUGUCUCCUCGCUGCCAACGUCGGAUGGAGUUUUUGGAUUGGGGGGAUGUAGCUCUGGGCCUUCGGAUGGCAGCUUAUUGAGUACUCCUGAUUUGAUGCCACUAUCUCUCCCUGCAGCAACGAGAGACUCAAUUCCGACAUACUUAGAAACCUACUGGAAGCAUGUCCACCCCAAAAACCCCAUCAUACAUAAGUACACUUAUGAGGAUGUACCAGAGGAGGAGACAGAGCAUGUACAGGUCCUCCAAUGCGCCAUGGCUGCUCUAGCGACACAAUACAUCCCUAACGCAGACGACCGCAUGAAGGGAGCUCAGCUUCAUGCAUACGCCUGGCAAAAGUCAAAAGUGGUGAGUUGA